CGUACGGUUCUAAGCUUUCCGAUAAGAAUCAAAGAAGAUUCUUUUUGUUCGUUCGGUCGUUUUUUUUUUUAACGACUCGACUCGAACGAACAAUUUUUAUUUUGUUUUUCGAAGUAUUUCGAUUUGAAAAAAUACCUGAGAGGAUCGAUCCCAAAAGAUCGAUAAUACGCGGGACGUGCAAUCGGGAAAAACAAUCAAUUUCUUGGAAACUGAUUAACGUAUAUCGACGGGACGAGGGUCGGAGGGAGGACGAUUAAAAUCCGACCUUGACUGAUCGGAAAAAAGGAUCCCACUUUGAGGAAACACAUGGUACGGUGAUCGUUAUGAUGACAGCAAACCGAUUCGCGCCUUUCGUCACCCUCGUUUCCGUCGUUUUGGUGUCGACAUUUCGUCACGGCGAAGCAAUAAUAUGCUAUCAGUGCAACAGCGAGUACGAUCCAAGGUGUGGCGAUCCGUUCAAUCCGUACAGCCUUGGAACGGUAAAUUGCAGUUUUCAACCACGAUUGGAGCACCUCGAUCAUCUCGAGCCCACGAUCUGUCGGAAAAUCAGUCAGAGAAUUUAUGGAAAGGAAAGAGUCGUAAGGGGUUGCGGCUACGUUACGGAUCAAAAGAACAACGAAACCUGUUUCCUAAGAACCGGCACUCACGACGUCCGUGCGCAUUACUGCGCCUGUACCGGUGAUCUCUGCAAUUCUGCCGAAAAACGUAGACCGUCCUAUUUAUUGAACCUGGCAACCGUCGCGACUAUCAUCGUGGCGAUUCCGAGUCUUAUUUUAUCGAGUCCUUUUUCCCUACCUGUAUUGACAUCGUCCAAUUUGUCAGUAGCCUAAAUAGAGAGCAGCUGGUCGUUAGCGGCUAAUUAUCACGCCUAAAACCGAAUCAAACGAUUCGAGCCUAAUUCGACUUGUCGUUAUUCGAUGCCUGAGAAAAUUAGGGCUGCCAAUAGAGAAAAGAAGAAAGAAGGAAGGAAGGAAAGAGA